AUGUUUAAUCUACAUAAUAUACAUUUAAAAGGUGAAACUGGUGUAGAUGAGAAACUUACAACGGAUAAAGGAGCAGAAGAACCAACAUCGUCAACACAAUCAACAAAAGAAGCAUCAUCUAAAGAUGAACAGGAAGUACCAAAAGAAACACAAGAAACAAAAGGAUCAGAUGUUGAUUCAACAACAGGAGAAAAACAACCAAAAGACAUCCCCACAAAAGAAUCACAAAAACCAGAAGAAACAACAUCAGCAGAAACAACAAAACAACAAACAGAAAGCCAAGAGUCAAGCACACCAAAAGUACCACAAGGAGAAAAUUCAGAAAAAACAAAACAACAACAAAAAGAUCAUAACCCAUCAUCACAAGGAGAAGAAAAUCAAAAACAAGACAAAAAACAAUCAGAAACACAAACACCAUCAACUCAAGGAGGAAAUCAACAAAAAGAAGAGUCAGAAAAAACACAAGAAAAUGGUGAUAAUAAAAAUAAUGAAAUACCAAAAACACAAGACGAUGCAAAAGACAAACAAGACGAACAACAAAACGAAAACCAAAAACAACAAGAGUCAAAAGACAAGCAAGAAAAACAAGAAGACAAACAAGAAAAGAAAGAUAAUGAUUCUCAACAAAAGAAUAACAAUAAUCAACAAACAAACAACAACCCAGAAGAUGAAAAAACUCAUGAACCAAACAAAAAUGAAAAUAAAGAAUCAGAUACUAAACAAUCAAACAACGAUGAAAGUGAAACAGAUAAUAGCACAGAUAAUGACAUAAAUAAUCAAAAGAAUAUUGAUGGUACAUCAUGUGUAUUUGUUAUUCUUUCUAUUCUUAUCAUAUUUUUAUUAAUUUAA